GAUCUUUUCACCACCUCGCCCAUCUUCCCUGUAGGUCAACAUGUCUGGCAUAAACCCUGGAGACGAGAAACUUGUAUUCGAGUCCUCCGAGGCGGUCUCGGUUGUGUCGACUUUUGACGACCUCAACUUGAAAGAGGACCUUCUUCGCGGCAUAUAUGCGUACAACUUCGAGAAACCGUCUGCUAUACAGCAGCGAGCUAUUCUCCCAAUAACACAGGGUCGCGAUGUCAUCGCACAAGCACAGUCGGGAACCGGUAAAACCGCCACCUUCUCCAUAUCCAUUUUGCAGUCUAUCGAUGUGUCUGUUCGUGAAACACAGGCUCUGGUGCUGUCGCCUACGCGCGAACUGGCGACCCAGAUUCAGUCGGUGGUUCUCGCUCUCGGUGACUAUAUGAAUGUCCAGUGUCAUGCUUGUAUUGGAGGUACAUCCAUUGGCGAGGACAUUCGGAAGUUGGAAUACGGCCAGCACGUGGUGUCUGGAACCCCUGGUCGUGUUUUUGACAUGAUUCGGCGCCGUGCUUUGCGGACGCGCAACAUCAAAAUGCUGGUUCUCGACGAGGCAGACGAGUUACUCAACAAGGGAUUCAAGGACCAAAUAUAUGAUGUGUACCGUUACCUCCCCCCGGCUACCCAGGUUGUCCUACUGAGUGCGACACUACCUUACGACGUGUUGGAGAUGACGACAAAAUUCAUGACCGACCCCAUUCGUAUCCUCGUCAAGCGUGAUGAGUUGACGCUAGAAGGGAUCAAACAAUUUUUCGUUGCUGUAGAAAAGGAGGACUGGAAGUUCGACACGCUGUGCGAUCUGUACGACACACUUACCAUCACACAAGCUGUCAUCUUUUGCAACACCCGGCGCAAGGUUGAUUGGCUGACUGAAAAGAUGCGCGCGGCAAACUUCACUGUGUCAUCGAUGCACGGUGAAAUGGUUCAGAAGGAAAGAGAUGCUAUCAUGGCGGAAUUUCGCGGUGGAACAUCUCGUGUGCUCAUCACAACAGAUGUCUGGGCACGAGGGAUCGACGUUCAACAAGUCUCCCUUGUCAUCAACUAUGAUCUUCCGGCCAAUCGUGAGAAUUACAUUCAUCGCAUUGGACGCUCAGGUCGUUUUGGCCGGAAGGGCGUUGCUAUCAAUUUUGUGACUGUCGACGACGUUCGUAUCCUGCGCGACAUCGAACAAUUUUACAGCACACAAAUUGACGAAAUGCCGGUCAAUGCUGCUGAGCUUAUCUAGGUGUGAUAUGGCAGACCGUACCGGAGUCAUCGCUUGUAUUCUGCGCCCGAUGGUAUUCAAUGGCUUGCAUAUUUGUACUUUAUGAGGUUUUAUUUUUUGCAUCCCCUCCAUGAUUUGCCCCCGUUGUGGUUGUAUCACUUCUAAUUGACUGUUCAUGUUAUCGCGCGUUCAAUUACAAUUCUUAUGGCCGCCGUUCACUAAAAGGCUGCGUUGUCUUUUACGGGUUAAAAUUCAUAUGAUUAUCGAUGAUUGUACGGCACCGUUCUCAUAUCUUACGCCCCUCACUGUUGCGGGAGACAUGCAGGAAUAGUGGGACCACAUCCAUAUGGCGAAGGCGGUAGUUUACCCUACUUCGUUAAAUAGCCCUGCAAUAACACAUUGGAGUACGGUAUUGCCUUGGGGGUCUUCCUCGAAGAUGCAUUCCGUCAUCGGGAACAAAUAGUGUCUCAUAGUUUCUUCACA